AUGUCGUUCCAACCAACACAGAUUUUCGAGGAGGGCACCACCGAGGAGAAAGGCGAGAAUGCGCGUCUCGCAGCCUUCGUCGGUGCCAUCGCCGUUGGCGACCUGGUGAAGAGCACACUCGGCCCCAAGGGCAUGGACAAGAUUCUACAAUCUGCAUCCACAGGAGAAAUGAUGGUAACAAACGACGGUGCCACCAUCCUCAAAUCCAUCGCUCUCGACAAUGCCGCUGCCAAAGUUCUCGUCAACAUUUCAAAAGUGCAGGACGAUGAAGUGGGCGACGGUACAACUUCGGUUGCGGUGCUGGCCGCAGAGCUCCUUAGGGAGGCAGAGAAGCUGGUGGACAAGAAGGUUCACCCCCAGACAAUCAUUGAGGGCUACCGAAUCGCCAGCCAGGCUGCGUUGAAGGCACUCGAGGGAACUGCGGUCGACCACAGCAAGAGCCCCGAGGCUUUCCGCAAAGACUUGCUUUCCAUCGCUCGCACGACCCUUUCCUCGAAAGUUCUGUCACAAGAUCGCGAGCACUUCGCCCGACUGGCUUGCGACGCUGUACUCCGUCUCAAGCAGUCUUCGGACUUGAGUCACAUCCAGAUCAUCAAGAAGGCCGGUGGAAAGCUAAGCGACUCAUACCUCGACGAGGGCUUCAUCCUCGACAAGAAGAUUGGAGUCAACCAGCCCAAGCGGCUCGAGAAGGCAAAGAUCCUGGUGGCAAACACGUCAAUGGACACGGACAAGGUCAAGAUCUUCGGCGCGCGCGUCAAGGUCGGAUCGACAAACAAGCUCGCGGAGCUCGAAAAGGCGGAGAAGGAGAAGAUGAAGGCUAAGGUGGAGAAGAUCAAGGCGCACGGCAUCAACUGCUUCAUCAACCGUCAGCUCAUCUACAACUGGCCCGAGCAGUUGUUUACUGAUGCUGGCAUCAUGUCGAUCGAGCACGCGGAUUUCGACGGCAUCGAGCGUUUGGCACUGGUGACCGGAGGUGAGAUCGCCUCUACCUUUGACCACCCUGAUCAGGUCAAGCUGGGUCAGUGUGACACUAUCGAAGAAGUCAUCAUCGGAGAAGAUACUCUGAUCAAGUUCUCGGGCGUGGCAGCUGGUGAAGCCUGCACUAUUGUGCUACGUGGUGCGACAGAUCAGCUCCUGGACGAAGCCGAACGCAGUCUGCACGAUGCUCUGGCCGUCCUCUCACAGACUGUCCUGGAGCCACGGACAACUUUGGGUGGUGGAUGCGCGGAAAUGGUCAUGGCCAAGGCAGUAGAGGGUGCGGCCACCCGCGUCGAGGGCAAGCGCCAGCUCGCAGUGUCCAGCUUCGCUAUCGCUCUGCGACAGCUGCCCACCAUCCUGGCCGACAAUGCCGGUUUGGACUCGGGUGAUCUGGUGGCUCGCCUGCGCAAGGCUAUCUACGACGGUCUGACGACCUACGGCCUAGACCUGACGACUCCCGGGGGUGGUAUCACAGAUAUGCGCGACCUGGGCGUUAUCGAGAGCUACAAGUUGAAGAGGGCCGUUGUGUCAUCGGCAAGUGAAGCGGCAGAGCUCCUUUUGCGUGUGGACGACAUCAUCAGGGCCGCUCCACGUGCUCGCGAGCGGGCCGCCACGGUCGACUCGAUCUGCCUGCCAGAUGGAAAUUCUCAGUCUGACUCGAACGAGUACUCCUCUGGCUCACCUGGGGAUGUGAGCGACUCGAGCGACCAGUCCAAGGACGUGGAUGGUGCCAUUACAGCACAGCUUGAGAGCGAAAGCCAACAGUUCGUACAGCCUGCGGAGAGCUCGACACUGCCCAACCACGUAUCAUUCGACAUUGGCUUCAAGGCCAUUGACCAGAUAACCACGAAAACAACCCUUCACACAUCAUCACCGCUCAAGGCACCUCUUACUGGCUUUCACCCUUGCAACAAGCGGCUCACACCGCUGACUCCUCCUCGUCAAACAAUGAACAGAAGUCCUGACAGAAUUCGUUCGAGUCCUUACGACAUUGAAUGCACCAGCGACUCCGACAUGGACUCUGGACCCAUCCCUCUAAACUUCCUCGACUUGCCAAAGAGAGACGGAUUCAAGACACCGAUUCUAACCAAGAGCGAGGAGAGGCGAUACGCGCGCAUGGCUGAUUCAAGACAAGACUCCCCGAUGGCACGCAAAUCGUGGGGAAGACUACUCCAGGCUCAGCCACCACUGCACAGCGAGGCUCGAAAUUCCAGCAAACCCAUCAGUGGCAAACUUGACAGGCUAGUGAUACCGGACCCGACUCCCGACCGACCAGCCCAAGGCGAAGGCACCGCGUUGCAUGGUCCACAGCAGCAAGAUGGCCAGCGGCCAUCAUCUUCCUCAGAUGAGUCCAAUGGAAGCCCUGUCUGGAAAACAGGCUCGCGCCCAACUCUUCCAGUAUCCGCGCGCUCUUCUGUGAGCGGAGAUCGUAUGGCUGUGCGAUACUCACCGUAUCCUAAGUCGAGGCUCAGGGAUUUCUUCAGGAGCUCUCUCCGGGCCAGCCGAGCCGUCAGCAGUGGCAAUCGUGCUGCUCCCCUGACUAGCGACACAGGGAGUCUUGAUACUGCUAAGACAGAACCACAUACAACCAAGAGCGAUGCACACACGGACACUGAUACUCGCCGUCACAAUCAGCAUGAAAACACAGCGGUGAGCGAUUGUGCCAGGUCAGGCAAGGACGAUCUCAUCUUCCCUCGGAUAUCUAGUGCGGAGUCUUUGUCUGGUUCGACUUCAUGCGUUUUGGCUGUGGGUGAGAAAUCGGGCCGCGUGGCUGAUGUGCCCAUUAUUCCCGAAUACGUUGGUCAUGAGCCCUCAGCCGUGGAGCCUUUGCUUGAGGUGCAACUGGAACGCAAGACGAUGAACUCCUCUCGCACUGAUGCGGCCGAAGACAGCUCUGCUGAAAAGAGAUUUGUGCACACCAUGCCUACCGUUUACACCUUACAGCCUUCGUAUGACCAGUGUGAGUCGUGGCCAAUGGACAAGCCUGGCCCCUACUUACCACACCAUCGGGAUACACUCACCAACCUCAGGAGCAUACUCAAGGGGAGCGAGCUUUGGAAGAAGCGGAAGAGCUUGCUGGCAAGCGAACAAACAGCAACUCAUCAACUAGACGAGAACAAGGAUGCCCUCGACCGAAUCCCAAAGCGCAGAAGACACGCUCACCGUGGCUGUCGAGAAAGGGCUUUGCGCAAGGACAUGUCGACUUAG